AUGGCAGACCAAUUAAAUGAAAUUUUGGAAUCAUUAAAGGAGAUCAAAUCUACACAAACUAAAUUGGUUAAUGCUGUUAAUGAUCAAAGCAGAACCUUAAAAAGUUUUAAUAAACGUUUUGACGAUCUUAAUGAAAAGCUUGAAAAAUUAUCUAACGAUAAUAUUGAGAUGAACAAUCGUGUCUCGGAUCUUGAAAAUAAAUUUAAAACUUUACAUCAAUCUAAUUUAACUACUCAUAAUAACUCUGAUCAUGAUAUUAUUAAUGAAAUCCUUGACAGACAAUCUAGAGCAAAUAAUAUUUUAUUGUUCAACUUUCCAGAAAAAUUAUCGGAAUCUACAUCUCUAGAUACUGAUUCCGAUCGGUUAAAGAUAAUAUUCAGCAAACUUAAUCUCAAAUUUGAACCUAUUAAAUUACACCGCCUAGGUAUUAAAUCUAAGUAUGAUCGCCCGUUAAAGAUCACAUUAUCAGAUCCAAAACAAACAUUUGAUGUUCUUCGGACUCAGUCUACUCUUCGUACUUUACCCGAAUUCAAAGAUCUUCGAUUCUCAUCUGACCGUACAUUUAAACAACGAGAAACUAUGGCUAAAUUACGACAAGAACUAGUUCAACGGCGUGAAAAAGGUGAAAAUGACAUUAUUAUUAAAUAUGUUAGAGGCAAUCCUACCAUUAUCAAAUCAAAAAACAUAUAA